AUCAACAAAUGCCCAAAAUCGCAUCCGAAGCCAGGCGACUACACUGGAACAGUUUAUAAACUGUCUAGUAACCAGAGGAAAAGUCAUUUGAAGCCAUUUUGGCCAAAACCAUUCACGUUCGUUCUUGGACGAGGUGAGGUAAUUCGCGGAAUGGAUAUCGCUAUGGAGGGCAUGUGCGUCGGAGAACAGCGCAAGGUAACCAUCCCUCCUGAAGAAGGAUUUGAAGAGGAAGAUGAAACUUCAGUCAAUGUAAGGAAUACUUUUUCUUUUCUUUUGAGAGGCAAG